AUGGGAUACAAAUCAGGCAGACUCUUCGAAGUGCCCAUCGGCACCAACGGCAAAGUCGUCGUCACCAGACUGGCCGAGCGAGUCUACAUGCUCAUGUGGAAUUCUGCACCAGACAACAGACUCACCACUUCUUUCUGCAAUGCCGUCCACACUGCCCUGGAUAUCCUCGCGCUGAAGUACCCUCAUGGAGUCGUCAUCACUACCUCUGGCAUCAGCAAGUUCUAUAGCAAUGGACUGGAUCUCGAGCAUGCGAAUGCGAACCCAAACUUUACCAAGGAUUCUCUGUUUGCGCUUUGGAAGAAAUUGUUGACCUACCCAAUGCCUACCAUCGCCCUGAUCAACGGCCACGGUUUCGCCGGCGCCCUAAUGACAGCAAUGAUGCACGACUACCGCAUCAUGAACCCCCACCGCGGCUACAUCUGCCUCAACGAAGUGGAACUCGGCGUCCCCCUCAAAGCCCCCAUGUCCAGUAUCUUCCGCCAAAAGACAUCUCCCCAAACCUACCGCACCUUGGUCCUCGAAGGCAAGAGGUUCAAAGCUCUAGAAGCACUGGAGGCGGGAAUUAUUGACGGUGUGGGGGGUUUGGAUGAAGUCGUCGCUUUUGUGGAUGAGUUGAAGUUGGUGGAGAAGACGGAUAAGGGGGUUUAUGGGCUGUUGAAGAGGGAGAUGUGGAGGGAGACUGUGGGGUUGCUUGAUAAUGGGGAUGAGGAGCCUGAGGUCAAGGAGAAGGUUAGGAAGCAGGAUGAGGAGUUGAAGAGGAAGGCUGAGCAGAGAGUCAAGGACUGGGAGACUGCUAAGGCUAAGUUGUAGAGCACUUAUGUAGGGUUUACAUUGCAUUACAAAAAGACUUUGGUGAAAGGAAUUGGAGCGAAGAAGUGGGUUAAACGUGAAUCAUCAACAUUAACGAACGAAUUAUUAGUUAUCUACACCUCAAGAACACCUUUUCAACUCAAACAUUAGAUACAAGGAAAACGAAUGACCAAGAGAAGCCUUUUCUGAAGCC